CAAACCCGAAGGCCGGACGAGUCGCUUAGACGAGAAGAAAAAGAAGGUGCGAACGUGAGAUCAGCAAACACGAACGGGAAAACAGAGUGUCUCUUUGUCUGGUCGUUUCCGCUGCCGACCUCUUCUCCUCACAGGGUGUCGAAAAAGUAAGACCUUUCGAAGGGGUGUUUCCAUCCCCAUCUACCCUUCUUUUCUUCCCUUUUCGGCAACCCAAACGAAAGGACGCCGAGGCUUGCACAACCACCAGUCAAUCGCUUCUCGUUUCUCCUGUUCUUUUCUACUUAUCGAUCCUUCCUUUUCCAUCGAAUCAUGCCAUCGAGCUGCUCCGGAAAUUGGCGAAUCGCAUCGUAAACGGUUCCGAAUUCUCGCCGGUCGUUUCUCCUCUGCUUGGGGACUUCCAUCACACAAGCAUCAUCAAGAUCAACCACCCUUCAAAGGUGCUGCCCUCUUGCUUUCUUUCUUUCCCCAUCAUCGCCUGCAUCACCCUCCACUUCCUCUCUCUCCUCUUCUCUGCCUCCCCUGGGGAUUUGUGAUCUGAACUCGCUCGGGAAGACAGCGAGUGGUUUCGUUGGGUCGAGCCGGUUUUUUCUUAGAUCUCAGGAUCGAUCCUCUGUCUUGGGUUGAAGCUGCCAGAAGCUCCUAGAAAGAGAGAGAGAGAGAGAGAGAGAGAGAGAGAGAGAGAGGGGGAGAGAGAGAAGCUUUGCGGUGUGCUCUGAUGGAGGAGGCUUCUAACGGGAAAGUGGCGGAGCCGACCCUGAAGGAGGUUGCAGAAACAGGGGACGUGAGAAAGGAGGGAGCUUUCGAGGAAGAUGGCGAGUACAACCACAAAGUCGAGGCCCGGUCAGUGAUAGGAGCGCCGGUCGUGGAUGGGAAUUCGGGGGAAGCCACGGAGACCCGGCGCGAGAAGGAAGCGAAAGACUCGAGCUCCAGCAGCAGCUCCAGCAGCAGCAGUUCCGAUGACGAAGAAGAAGAAGACGAUAAGAAAGAGAAGAAGGAGGAAAAGAUCGUUCCUUUGAUGGAGGAGGAAGAGAGCGUUGCCCAAAGCGGCGCCGUUUCGGUCGAGCAUGUCGUCGUCGCGGAGGAAGCACCAGCAGCGACUGAGGAUUCCGAGAAGGUUGACGCUGCGGCCGCCGUGGGACAGGAGGAGGAAACGGAAGCGGAGAUUCCCUCUGAUGAGACUGCUAACGGAGUCGUGCUGCCGGCGGGAGCCGAGGAGACGGCGCAGGUAGCCGUGGACGAGAGCGACGUGGCGGUUCCUGUGGUGGCGGCGGCGGGGGCGGCGGCAGUGGAAGAGAGGGCGACGGAGGAGCCCGUGUUGUUGGCGGUGGAGGAAGAAGUGAAGGAGGGCGAUUUGACGCCGGCCGCUGCCGACGUGGCGCCGAAGGAAUCCUCGCCGGCACAGCUGCUGGCCGACGUUCCGGCCAUCUCCGAAGGCGGUAUCGCGGCCGAGCAGGGGGUCGACGACGGAGAGAUCCCCGAAAGCACCGGAAGCCCGCCGAUAAUAUCGGUGAGUCGACGCACCGCACCACCAACUUCUUGGAGGAGUUGCUGCGGAUUGUUCGAGGUCUUGCGACGCUCUGAUAGGUGACUCAAAAGAAUUGGAGAGAAGAAGAUUGGAGUGCCAGUGAUUUUUUUCUUUUUGACAAUUUGGCGCCUUCGGGGUCGACCAAAUGGAUCGUGUGUUUAUCUCGUCGCUUUCGCACGACCCCUCGGACGAGCCGAGGCGUGCUCUUUCAUUUCUCGUUACAAAAAGAUUCGGAGGGAAUCCGAUCGGCACAGAUCUGCGACGGCUCGCGAGGAUGUGCCAUUUGAUUAGUCCUAGAAAAGAGUUAUUUUCUCAGCCAGGUCAAAGCUGCUAAAGAUGUCGAUGGUUUUCUUCUUUCUUGUUUGUUUUGAAUGCUGUCGAGAGUUGUUGUAUUGUCAGUGCGAAUCAAAGAGCUUGCAAAACAGUGUAUUGAUAUAUUCGUGCAUUCUUUUCCCUGCAAAAUUAAGUGCUGUCCCUCCUCAGA